UUUAAAGUUCUAUCUGUUUCCGUUUAAAUAAUAGAGUAGAAUUGUUAUUUAUAAGCUAUAAGAAUGUGUACAUGAACUCACUAACAACACCUUCUGUUGUUUCAAAAGAGGAAGAUGGCGCUGAAAUUAUUUAUAGCUUCGAUUGCUACAUUACAGAUAAUUUAUGUGAAGGGAGGUCACUAUACUUCGCAUGAAGAUUUAUCUGAUGGUGUUAUAACAAAGUAUUUAAAAGGGAAAACUAAAGUGAGCUGUGUGUUGCAAUGUGAAAGGGAUGAACAAUGUGAUGAAGCCAUGUUUAGGUUGAAUGAUAAGCAGAGAAGAAGUGGCGAGUGCUGGUUUGUGAAGAAAAUAUCUAACAAUGGUAAAGUGGAUACGGGAAAGUUUAAACAAGAUAAGUCAAUAAAGAGCUUCAAAAAGCUACCUAUAUGUGGUAAGACUCCGUGUUAUUUUGGAAGAUGUGUGCAAACCGACGACUCUAAACAAUACAAAUGCGAAAGUGACGAUAAAUGGGUGUUGUUGAAACGAAACGUUUGUUUCGGAGCACGUGUGAACCAAUCUGGAAGGUUUCAUGUAAAUUACGAUGGAAUUGUGACAGGCAUUAAAUUGCAACAUGUUGGUGGAAGUGGAGUAACGUGCAGUAUGCUCCUUACACCAACAAAAUGGGGAUGCAACGCAACUGGUGUUUACCCACUGGAAUAUAUUGGUGUACUCAUUACAGAUAUACAAGAAAACAUACUUUAUCCAUCCCCAAAAUACCAUAUAGGAAAUGGCCUUUUUCACAUACCAGGAUACAACGCCAACUCACCCUAUUUGAUUUUCAAUGCAACAAAUCAUACUGUUAACAAAGGACAAGAGUUACGAUUGCACUACAGUGAAGGAAUUUUUGGUGGCGCACACGAUAACAGUGGAGAAUCCUGCGCUGAUAUAUUUGCAAUCUUACAAGUGUAAACACUGAGUUUAAACUUUUAGACCUUGGAUAAGGUGAAUAGUCCUGCUCUUCGCUUCAAGUAUUUCGAGCACAGUUAUAAUUUUACAAU